AUGGCGGACAAGAACAAAAUGACGACGACCCCUAUUCCCGACUCCUCUUUCUCGGGGGGUUCGUCUUCUGAAGACAACCACCCCUCCUCACGCCUCAAACUCACCAGCACUACGCACCCCCCGACCGUCCGACCGGAUAUCGUGCUCCCCUCCAAAACAUACGGUUUCCCCCCGGAAGCGUUUGACUGGGCGAACCUCCCCGACGCGGAGACAAACUUCCUGCCGGCGGAGCAUGUAGAAGCGUUUAUACAAGCCCUGAGCGCGCCAGACUUUGUGGAUGAGAAAGGGGAGGGGCAGAGUGUCAGGUUGAAUAGUCCGGGGUUGUUGAGCAGGAGUGGGAGUAAUUUGGAGUUUUUUGAUGAGAAUGAAUCGCACGAGUAUGGUGGUGGGGGAGGGCAGGAGAUGGGGACGGGGACGUUUAUCACGGCGAGGAAUGAUUGGGCGCCGGUUAAUGAGCGGGUUGUGAGUAGGGAGGAGACGAAGAAGAAGAAGAGGAGGUUUUUGAGGGGGGAUAGGGAUAAGGGGGAGAAAAAGAGGAGGCCGAAGUUGGGGUUGAAGGGGUUGGUUGGGUUGACUGGGAGUGGGGAGGGGGGGAGGAGGGGGGGGGGGGAGGAGGAGGGGCACUUGUAUCAGUUGUUGAAGUGGCCUUUUUUGUUGAUUGUGGGGACGUGGUUGUUGGGGCUGUCGGUUGCGUAUCUGGCGACGAGGUCGUAUAUUUAUUUGUAUGAGCAGUUUGUUGCGUGGAGGGGGAAGAGGGAGAAGUUGAGGCGGGCGAUGAGGGCGACGGGGAAUUACAAGCAGUGGGUGGCGGCGGCGAGGAAGAUGGAUGACUACUUUGGGGUGGCGGAGCAGUGGAAGGAGCAGGAUGAGUUUGCGUAUUAUGAUGCGAAGACGGUGAAGAGGGUGUGGGAGGAGAUGAGGAGGUCGAGGGAGAAGGCCGAGAGGGCGACAGAUGGGGGGGAUGAGAAACGGGGGAGGGAGGCGGUGGAGGAGUUGAAGCAGUUGAUGGGAGCCUGUGUCAAGAAUAAUUUUGUGGGGGUGGAGAAUCCGAGGUUGUAUAGUCAGACGUAUUAUGGGACGAAGAAUUUGGUGCAGAAUUUUGUGGAUGAGGUGGAGAGGAGUAUGAAGUUCUUGUUGGAUACGGAGUUGAUGAGUAAGGAGGAGAAGAGGGGGUUGUUUAAGGGGAUUAGUGCGAACUAUGGAAGGACGGCGUUGUGUUUGAGCGGUGGGGCGACGUUUGCGUAUUACCAUUUCGGGGUGGUGAAGGCGUUGUUGGAGGAGGACAAGUUGCCGGAUAUCAUCACGGGGACGUCUGGUGGUGCGUUGGUUGCUGCAUUGGUGGCGACUAGGACGGAUGAGGAGCUGAAGCAGCUGCUUGUGCCGGCGUUGGCGCACAAAAUCACGGCUUGUAGGGAGCCGAUCACGGUUUGGUUCAAGAGGUGGUGGAAGACGGGGGCCAGGUUUGAUAGUGUCGACUGGGCUCAGCAGUGCUCUUGGUGGUCGAGGGGGUCGAUGACGUUCAAGGAGGCGUAUGAACGAACGGGCAGGGUGUUGAAUGUGAGCUGCGUGCCGGCUGAUCCUCACAGUCCGACGAUCCUGUGCAAUUACCUGACCAGUCCGGACUGUGUAAUCUGGAGUGCCGUGAUUGCAUCAGCAGCGGUCCCGGGUAUUCUGAACCCAGUGGUGCUGAUGAUGAAGACGAGAGAGGGCAAGCUGGUGCCGUACUCUUUUGGCCACAAGUGGAAGGAUGGCAGCUUGAGAACGGACAUCCCAAUCAAGGCGCUUAAUCUUCACUUCAACGUCAACUUUACCAUUGUCAGCCAGGUUAACCCCCACAUCAACCUGUUCUUCUUCUCGUCGAGAGGUUCGGUUGGCCAGCCCGUGACGCAUCGUAGGGGACGGGGCUGGAGAGGAGGGUACCUUGGCUCGGCCGUGGAGCAGUAUAUCAAGCUGGACCUGACAAAAUGGCUCAGGGUGUUGAGGCAGUUGGAGUUGCUACCGCGGCCGUUGGGACAGGACUGGUCGAUGCUGUGGUUGCAGACCUUUGGGGGAACAGUCACCAUCUGGCCCAACGCCAAGGUCACGGAUUUCUUUGGCAUCUUGAGCGAUCCUGACGAGGCCAAGCUGGCGCGCAUGAUCCACGAAGGGCAACAGAGCGCUUUUCCCAAGAUCAAGUUUGUUGCCAACCGUUUGAGAGUGGAGAGGCUGGUGGAGCGAGGCAGGAGGGAGAACAGGCCUGGGUUUGAUGCCUCUGUUGCCAAUGACGAAGGCAAGACUGUGCCGGAGAGACGGGGCAGUGUUGAUAGUUUGUUGAGUGAUGAUGAUUUGAACCGGCUGCUCGAUCGCCAGAAGCAGAGGCGGCGCAAUGGCGACGGCAAUCUCACGGCGACGGAGGAUGAGACUACGGAUAUGGAUGGGGGGUUGACUGAUGGGGAGACAAUGCCGGGUGGGGGGCAGAGAAACAUGAACAUUGAUGGGGGUGAUACGGAGGAGGAUUUCAAGUCGGGACGUCGGGCGGCGGGGAAGUUGUUGCUUUAG